AUGCGGCCUAGAUUGCCCUUCAGCACUCAGCACUGGGCUGAUGCCCCAUUACCCGCCGCUUGGACUGGCGGAGGUGAUCCCGGUCCAUCCCCAGGAGACUGCCUUAACCAUGUGGAAAUUUUGGGUGAAGCCACGAAGGCUCACAAAAAAGAAAGCAACUCACCUAAGAUGGCGGAUGCUGCGUGGUCCCCCGAUACUACAGAGGAAAGCAUCUUAUCCAUGCAGGACUGCACUUUUGAGGAUUUCUGGCGCAAGCUGGAAAGCAAGCUGCAACAACCAGUCCUAAUGCAGGCGAGUGGUCACUCACCUCACAGACAAAGCCUUACAUCGCAUCAGAAGCUGGCUACACCGGCAGUGAGAGGAGCCUCGACAUGGUGGCAGAGCUGGAAGUGUUCCCCACUCCUGCAUACAGCGGCACCCAAACAGGAACUGUUGAGAUCCGACACUGGGACUCUCAACCUAUCGAUGGAUCUUGUGGAAGCCCAACUCAUAAGGAAUAUUUCCCUGACAGGGCCUUCCUGGUCACAGCUGGGCACAACUAUAUGCAUCACCUUGCAGCUCAUGCAGGCUCUGCCUGGGCCCACACGCCUGAUCAGAGUACAUCCAACAGGAGGCCUAUUGCUCUUACUGGGAUCGGCUGAAUUAAGCUCCAGUCUCAUCACCCAUGAGGUCCUCCAGUAUAAUGCUAGUAGACUCCAUCUGUUUAUAGUCAGAUGA